AUGAAUCUUAGACCACAAGAUAAUUAAGAGGGCAAUCAAGCUUAGUACAAUAAGAAAUAUUCCAUCUAUUAUCAAAAGCCUGGAGAGGAGGAACUCAAACAAAUAGUGCUUGAGUUGCCCAACAUUUUCACAGUUGGGGACUGCAUAGAUUUUACUAUUGAAUAGAUCAACAUCCAAGACCCCACUUUUAAAUUUAAAGGAUCUGCAGAUUGUUUUAAAUUGAAGGUAGCAAAAAAGAAUGGAAAACCAAAGGAUGACUUGCCUGCUUUGGAUAAUGAACAAUAAUUGAUUGAUACUGGUGCAAUAGUAUUUGCAUUAGUUUUAAACCUAAGUUAAUAACAAUUGGAAAAAUAGUUAACAUUUGCACCAACCAAUUACACCAGCCAGACUCAACAAUCCCAAGUCAAUUAACAAGAAUCCUCCAUUAAACAAAGAACUUCUUAUAGCAAUAGUUUAAGUAACAACAAGAAGAAUAAAAAUGGAGGAAAUGAUCAGAAGAAUGAUGCAAAUGGAUUUUGCUUCUUUAAGUAAUGUGCUUGA